AUGCAGACAAAUCCCGCGGGCAAUCCACACCCCCAGGGGGCCUACUGCUGUGACCCUGCGUGCGCCUUCGAGCCUGCAAACUUUGUAGCCAACUCAACCUCUUCACCAGCUGUGAGCUAUCGACACUUCCCCCACACUACGCUACCGGUUAUCGCGUCGUUUCCAGUCACGAAAGCAAGUCUACCGAAAAUCGAAAAAGCGGUUGUGGAUGAUCGAUUUAAUUCUGACCAACUGGAUUCUUUGGCGGGUUUCGAGUCACAUCUGCUGCAAUCAGUGCAAGACUUUCCCCAGGCACCCAUACCACCACCGCACCCGCCGCAGCCACCAACCACCAGAGCUUGUGUCCUUCAGGAACAGCCAGUCCAAACAGCUCCAGCCGUGACCUUGAGGAAGACUGCACCCAGCAAGACGUCUGCUCCGGCGGUCUGGUUUAAAAAUCGUCGGGCUAAAUGGCGGAAACGUGAGAAACACCUGGAGGCGAUCCGUGGAAGCCUAGGACACCACUUCACACCCCUGAUCCUCGGAGUUCCACCGGCCUUGCCUCCGCAUCAAACGGCUCCCAACUCUCAGGCCACCUUCGGCCCACAGCAGCAUCAACAACACCACCAGUCCACUGGAACUACUCCCAUGACGUUUUAUCGCCACCCUGGCUUUCGAUUCACCGAUAUUUCCUCCAGCCAAUCAAGGCCCGAGCUGAACGCCGCGGCUGCCGUCGCGAUGGCAGCGUGGCGCCAAGCAAAACCUCCGCAAACGGGCGGUUUCCUGUGGCCGUAUAAAUCCGAGGUGGAGGGAGAGGAGGCGGCAGCGGUGGCCGAAUUUAACUCAACAUCGUAUUUUUCGAGUUUUAAGUUCGAGGCGGACGCGCCUCUGUUCGCCACGGAGCCAGGAACGCAGCCGUCGGUCAAUUUUGACCAGAAGUGGAAGUUGGAGGAGGAGGAGGAGGGGGCCAGCGAGAGUGCAGGAGAGGAGGAAGAGGAGGUGCCGACGUUCCAUCAGGUUCACGGCUACGCUCCAUCGCAGCCCGGAUUCUACGACUUCCAUCUGAAAGUAAUGCCCUACGAAGACCAUCAGCAGUCCCUAUUCGGCCGUGCAACCAAUGACCCCGUCAGCGGACAUGCAAACCCAACAACCAGUGUUCACUUUGUGGAAACCCGUUGUGAUGGCGAAAGCGAUAUCUUAUCAUGA